GGGAGGGAAGCUGUUGCCUUGGUAAUCCGCCGGCCCUCCUCCGGUCCCGGUUAGUGAGUGAAAGCGCGCGUCCUGUUAGCCAGCUGGCAAGGGUCUGGCGCCGGCACAACCUAGGGUUUAGGAGUUGCACAUGAGUUACCUGUGGAAAAGGUGACAGAGUAGGAGUAGCCGCCGCGCUGGCCGCAAAGAGUAGCAGGGGGAGGAGACUGUGGCGGCUCAGGACGAGUAGGAGCUGCCGCCGCCGCCGCCUCCGGCUGGGCAGGUUCCACUUGGCGAAGCCUUCGCAGUCAACCUGGAGGAAAGAUGGUUUGCACAAAUAGGCCAGUCCAAGUGUAAAGAAAUUAAGAUCGCUCUCUACAGAAAACAACAAUGACCAUGUGGUUAUGAUAUUUAAAAUCUACGAUGCCUCCUGCCAUGGCAGAUACCCUGGACAUCUGGGCAGUAGAUUCACAGAUAGCAGCCGAUGGCUCAAUAUCUGUGGACUGCCUCCUACCCACUGGAAUCUAUAUAAGUCUAGAUGUCCCACGUGAUGCCACCAUUUCUCAUAUAAAGCAGCUCUUAUGGAAGCAAGCACACAGCUACCCUCUAUUUCACCUUCUUAUGGAAAUAGACUCCUAUAUGUUCUCCUGCGUGAAUCAAACAGCAGUACGUGAGGAACUAGAAGAUGAAACACGAAGGCUCUGUGAUGUUCGACCAUUUCUUCCUGUCCUUCAACUAAUUACAAGAAGCUGUGACCCAGGAGAAAAAUUGGACUCCAAGAUAGGCGUCCUCAUAGGAAAAGGUCUCCAAGAGUUUGAUGCCUUACAAGACCCAGAAGUAAAAGAAUUCAGAGAUAAGAUGGGACGAAUCAGUGAAGAAAAGAUGAAGUCACUUAUAAGGUUAUCUUGGAUUGACUGGCUAAAGCGCACUUAUCCUCCAGAACAAGAACCAGCGAUCCCAGAAAACCUCCAAGAUAAACUCUAUGGUGGCAAUCUCGUUGUAGCUGUUCAUUUUGAUAACUGUCAGGAUGUAUUUAGUUUCCAGGUUUCUCCUAACAUAAACCCUAUCAAAUUGAAUGAACUGGCAAUUCGGAAGCGUUUGACUAUCCAUGGAAGGGAAGAUGAAGCAGUUGAUCCUUAUAACUAUGUGCUGCAAGUCAGCGGAAGACUAGAAUAUGUCUUUGGGGACCAACCAUUAAUUCAGUUCCAGUAUAUCCAUUGCUGUGUGAUGAACAGAAUUCUUCCUCAGUUGACUCUUGUCGAAUGUAGCAGCAUAAAGAAAAUGUGUGAACAGGAAAUGAUAGCCAUAGAAGCUGCCAUAAGCCGAAAAUCCAGCCUUCCUCUUCCUCUGCCACCCAAAAAAUCACGAACAGUAGCUUUGACUCAAAGUGUAUGGGAUAUUACCCUCCCUUUCAAGGUGGUGCUGGUAAGUGGGACCAAGUUGAACACAGAUGAGACUGCUAAAGUUCAUGUCAGGGCUGGUCUCUUCCAUGGAACUGAGCUCCUUUGUAAGCCUAUCGUAAGCUCAGAAAUAUCUGGGAGAAAUGACCAUGUUUGGAAUGAGCCCUUGGAAUUUGAUAUCAACGUCUGCGACUUGCCAAGAAUGGCUAGGCUGUGCUUUGUGGUUUAUGCUGUGAUGGACAAAAUGAAAAAUAAAAAGUCAGCCAAGACACUUAAUCCUUCCAAAUACCAGACUAUUAGGAAAGCUGGGAAAGUGCACUAUUCUGUAGCUUGGGUCAAUACCAUGGUGUUUGACUUUAAAGGACAGUUGAAAAUGGGAGACUUUGUACUGCACAGCUGGUCGUCAUUUCCUGAUGAACUUGAAGAGAUGUUGAAUCCAAUGGGAACAGUACAGACAAAUCCAUACACUGAAAAUGCAACAGCUUUGCACAUCAGAUUUCAAGAGUAUUCAAAACUCCCUAUUUAUUACCCUCCCUUUGAUAAGAUACUUGAAAAGGCAGCUGAGAUCGCAAGAAAUAGUGAUAGUUCUGGUAUGGCAGGCCGGGGUGGCAAAAAGUUCUACAUUGAGCUAAAGGAGAUCAUGGAAAGGGAUCCUUUGUCUCAGCUCUGUGAAAAUGAAAUGGAUCUCAUUUGGACUUUGCGAUAUGACUGCCGUGAGAAUUUUCCACAGUCCCUGCCAAAGCUAUUGCUCUCUGUCAAGUGGAACAAGCUUGAAGAUGUUGCUCAGCUUCAGGCCCUUCUUCAAAUAUGGGCCAAACUGCCUCCCAGAGAAGCAUUAGAAUUAUUGGAUUUCAAUUAUCCAGAUCAAUAUGUGCGAGAAUAUGCAGUAGGCUGUUUAAGGCAUAUGAGUGAUGAAGAACUUGCUCAGUAUCUUCUGCAGCUUGUACAAGUACUGAAAUAUGAACCUUUUCUCGACUGUGCCCUCUCCAGGUUCCUGCUAGAGAAAGCACUGGCAAACAGGAGAAUAGGACAGAUGCUGUUUUGGCAUCUGAGAUCAGAAGUACAUAUACCUGCAUUUUCAGUACAGUUUGGCGUGAUUCUUGAAGCUUACUGCCGUGGAAGUGUUGCUCAUAUGAAAGUUCUCUCUAAACAGGUUGAAGCACUGAACAAGAUGAAGACUUUGAAUAGUCUAAUAAAGUUGAAUGCUGUGAAGCAAAGCAAAGCGAAAGCAAAAGACGCAAUGCACACCUGUUUAAAACAAAGAGCUUACAAAGAAGCCCUUUCUGAUCUCCAGUCUCCUCUGAAUCCUUCAGUCAUACUUUCAGAACUGUACGUGGAGAAAUGUAAAUACAUGGACUCUAAAAUGAAGCCUUUAUGGAUUGUAUAUAACAACAAAGUGUUUGGUGGAGAUUUGGUGGGGAUCAUCUUUAAAAAUGGAGAUGAUCUGCGGCAAGACAUGCUGACGCUUCAGAUGUUACGUUUGAUGGACUUGCUUUGGAAAGAAGCUGGUCUGGAUCUUCGAAUCGUGCCAUAUGGUUGUUUAGCAACGGGAGAUCAUUCUGGUUUAAUUGAGGUUGUUUCCACGUCUGAGACCAUUGCAGAUAUUCAACUGAAUAGUAGCAAUGUGGCUGCUGCUGCUGCAUUCAACAAAGAUGCUCUCUUAAAUUGGAUUAAGGAAUACAAUUCAGGAGAUGACUUGGAUCGAGCUAUUGAGGCAUUCACUCUCUCUUGUGCUGGCUACUGUGUAGCUACUUAUGUGCUGGGCAUAGGAGACAGACAUAGUGACAAUAUCAUGGUCAGGAAGAAUGGACAGCUCUUCCAUAUAGAUUUUGGCCACAUUCUUGGAAACUUCAAAUCCAAAUUUGGAAUUAAAAGGGAGCGAGUGCCUUUCAUUCUUACGUAUGAUUUUAUUCAUGUCAUUCAGCAAGGGAAAACUGGAAACACUGAAAAAUUUUGCCGGUUCCGACAGUGUUGUGAAGAUGCAUACUUGAUUCUGAGAAGACAUGGGAACCUAUUCAUCACUCUCUUUGCAUUGAUGCUAACAGCCGGGCUUCCAGAGCUAACCUCUGUUAAGGAUAUCCAGUAUCUAAAGGACUCUCUUGCCUUAGGGAAGAGUGAGGAAGAGGCACUAAAGCAGUUUAAGCAGAAAUUUGAUGAAGCGCUGAGAGAAAGCUGGACUACUAAAGUGAACUGGAUGGCACAUACUGUUCGGAAGGAUUAUAGAUCCUGAGUGGUCUAUGAAUUUGCACUAAGAUGAAUGUUACUCUGACAAUAAAAAUGUUUAAAAGGGAACCAACAGACCCUUUCUAAAAAUGGACCCAAGGAAAUUGCCUGAAUGAUCAUUUUGCACUCUGCUUUGGAAUGCUUUGAUGAGAUUUUUGUAAAACUGGCUGAUGUUUUCCAUAAAUUCCUGUGCCGACUUUGCACGCUGAAAACUACUUACUAAGCUUUUAUGUUAUUAUUUUGAUACAUUGCAAAGCUGUAAAUAUUUUGGGGGGUAUGUUUAGGGAGUGUACUCUAACUCUGUCAGGAUGGUUGGAGACUUCUUAGAAGACUGAUGGUUAAAUGGAGAAUCAGAGGUGUGUGUGUGUGUGUUUUAAUUUUGCUUCAAAAGAAUAUUGUGUGUGUGUGUGUUUUACUGGCAUAAUUAUGUUUUAUUGUACAUAAAAACUGCCAGAGCAUUGUACAGAAGGAAGCUGCUUAUUAUGUUAAACUGCUGCCACAAGAGAGAUUUUUCUUCAUAUUGGGAGAACCAGUUGAAAGAGAUGAAUCCUCUAAACAAAGUGCUUAGUGUUUUGUGUAAACCUGUUAGCAUUAAUGCUAACUUCAGUGGGGCAUAUAUGCAUUGGGCAACCUUGAGCUUUUGGAAAACUCCAUCAUGAAUAUGAUUGCCUUUGAGUUCUAUUGACCCUCCACUUUUUAAAGUCUACCAGCUAAGCUUUUGCACAAACCUCAAUGGCUUUUCCGUCUUCCAUUGACAUCAAUAACAACUGUAUUGUUCUCACACAAUGUGUAAUAUAUGUACAUGGAAAACCACACUUAAUAGAAAACCGGAUUAUGAGGAAUGUGCACCCAAACAACAUAACUGUGUGUGAAAGUCAAGAGGUGUGUGAUUUUUUAAAAAUGCUAAAAGGCAGCAUUUUUUUAAUGGAACUCCAUUGUAAAGUCAGACCUGUUAUUUACAGCAUUUCCUAAAUGCCUAUAGUGAUACUGUUUAUCUUGACCAGAAUGUUUGUUUUCAACCUAAGAUAAUUGGUGGAAAAACUGGAUUUAUUUUAACACUGAGGUACCAUAUUUUUAAGGUGCUUAUUUGAGGAGCAAUUCAUAUUUAAAGUGCAAUAAGAUCUGUUGGCUCAAAGAUGCAACUUGUAAUGUAUGAAAUGGUGGCGAGAUGGCCUUUCAGCUAUUGCUUACUCGCCAAAGAACACUGGUAGCUCUUUGUUUUGGUGAUGUUAAAUAUAAGUGAUUAUUAUAAAAUUUGCCUUUUGGAUCAAAACAAUGGUUUUACAUAGGAAUUUAAUUAAAAUUUAUUUUACUUUGUCAAGUGUAUGUGUUCUUCUCUAAAGAAUACUGUGCACAACUGUAUGUUUUCUGCUAAGUGUUAUACUACUGGAUUGGGGCCUUUUGGAAACAUUAAGAGUCAGGCUUUGGGAAAUAUGACAUAAAUGAGAAGUUUCAA